AUGCUUUUUGCAUCCAAGGUUGCUUGGAUUUUCAAAUCCUAUGGCCAUGAGAACAUCUCGCUCGUAGAUGGUGGAUUCGACUCAUGGAAGAGGCAUGGAUUUGAUGUAUCGACUGAAGAUGUGAAACUACCAGUUGGAAACUGGAAAGCUGAGGAUGAAUUCAAGAAAUUUGUAAUCACUUUCCAAGAAUUGGAUGCUAAAAAAGAAGGAGAAGAGAAGCAGUAUAUUGAAAAAACGUCUGAAAUCAAUUUCCUUGAUAGCAGAAUACGAGCCCAGUUUGAAGGAACACAGGACACUGGACUUGAUCCUUAUAUGGUGAACGGCUGUCGGAUCGCUGGCUUUAAAAAUUUGCCAAGUUCCGAACUGCUGACAAAAGAAGGAACCCUGAAAAGUGAAGAGGAAAUUAAAUCAUGGCUCACUAAAAACGGCUACGUCGAAAAUCAACCUGUUGUCACCUCAUGCAACGCCGGGAUUCAAGCUGCUCUUCUCGCUUACGUAAUUGAUACAGUGAAACCAUCAUCUACUCCACCACGUGUUUAUAAUGGAUCUCUAAAAGAAAUGGAGCUCAGAGCGCCGAAGAAAAUUUCCGAAGGACCCCAGCAUCUACAUUGA